AUGAAGAAACAAGGUAUCCCUGAGUUUGUUUUCGUUCGUAUCCUCGCUGCCUCUGAACAAAACGACGAUGACUGUUUCAGCAUAUCAUCCACGGAUUCCCUGUCAUCGCUCGAAGGGUCCAGGUUUAUGGAUUCCCUGGCGGACGAUCCUCUCCAAGGCCGCGUUCCUCCCAGACGUCCUGCUCGUCGGCUGGGAAGCAAUGUUGGUGGUGAUGACCGGGGCCAGUUUGUUCGCACCUCUGGUGUCCGCACCAAAACGAUUGAACUACGCACACAUAGUCUACCCAUGACACCGAGCGCCUCUGUCGGCCACAAGCAUCUGCUGGGAGGUUCUUCUCCUUCAAGCGGCAGCAAAGUCACCACAACGGCGCCGUUAACCUUUUCGUCCCCAGGGUUCUUUCAUGACAGCAACUUGUCGUCCGAUACCGUGCUGGAUUUGAAGGAUGCUCAGGAAGCCCAUGUGGAUCGGGCUCCCAAAGUCCCUCGAAGACGAGGUAGCAUUCAAACAUCAGCGUCGUGUCCUUUGUUUGUGAUUCGUCACAAGGCAACGGUCCGUGGGGCAUUGGCGGCCUAA